CAUAAUCUGUAAAAUAUGUAUCCAGAAAGCCAUUUUAUUUAAAUAAACUUAGAAAGAUAGGAAUUCUUUCAAUAAUGACCUGUUAUAUUUUCAUGAAAAUUUUGUUUGAUGACAAGCCUUCUUCAAGGUCUAUUAACCGCAACCAUAGAGUAAACAAAUUUAUGUUUAUGUUAAGCACAAAUUUUAAAUUGUUGUUGACGUAAAUUGGAGCGUAAAAAUAGCAUUUAAAAUAUAAAAUCCAGGAAAUCAUCACUUAUGCUCUUGAACUAAUCUUCUUUCGCUAAGUAAAAUGAUUAAAUUAUUUCAAGAUCAAGAACAUCGUAUGAAACUUCACGAAGAGGCUAAGCAAAGGAAACAAGAUUUUGCUUUGCGAAAUCAACUUCAGUUGCAGGCAAGAAAAGAUGCAUCUGUUGACAUUCCUUAUCAACAUGAUUCUAUAAAAGAUGAUUUAAAAAAUUCCAUUCGAGCUUUUCAUGGUAAAAAAUGCAAAGAAAAUCUACAGUUGUGUGAAGAAUCGCUUGGAAAAGAGUUAGGUGAGAGUAAGAAAAACGCUGAAAGGCAGGAGAAAAUGCGCCAAUUACUGUGGGAGACGUCACCUGAGCUCAGAGAUCUUCGUCUAAAGUUUCUAAUGGCUGAUGUAGCUAAAGACCAGGCCAUGCAGAUAGCAGAAAAACAAGCUUUACUGGAAUUGAAACAGAAAGAAAUACAAGCGGAAGCUGAAGCUAUUUCUCGUGAGAAAAAGAAAAUGGAAGAAGAACUAAAGGAGCAGCAAGCACUAGAAUUUCGGGCUCGACAGAAGUACCAUAGAGAAUUGGCAGAACAGCAGAAUUAUAAAGCUGCAAAAGAGACAGUAGGCGAAGAACAACAAAGGAGAGAAAGAUCUGCUAUUGAUGAAAUAAAAAAGAAAAUCGAGGAAGAGGAUUUUAUAAAUGCUAAAAAGAAAAUUGAGGCACAGAAGGAAUUACAUCGGCAAGCGUUGGAGUUACAAAAUGUCCGCAAAGAAAUGCAACGAUUAGAAAAGUUGAAAGAAGGCACUGAAGAUAUGAAGAUUGAUGAAUAUCGUAAAGCUCAAGAAUUGAGAGCCAAAGAAAUAGAAGAGAAGAAACAGUUAACUACCAACCAGCGGUUACAGUUGCAAGAAGAGCUACUCUCACAUCUUGAGGAAAUGUAUGCUGAGAAAUCUCGCCAAGAACUUCUUCGGACCGAGCUUGCUAUCGAAGAGAAAGAAGCUUAUGAGAGAGAGAAAGCUGAAGAUUCAGAAAGAGCGAAAGCUGAUUUGAGAGAACAGUUUGCUCAAUUACAUAAAAUACAGCUGUAUAUAAAGAAACAAAAGGAAGAACAACAGAAAAAGGAAGAUGAAUUAUUCAGAGAGAAUUUGAUGGCAAGGCUGUAUGAAGAGGAAAAAUUAGAGUUUAUGUCCCAACAGAAAAGACGGCAGAAGCAACUUGAGCAUAGACGUUUGGCACAGAAAAUGAUUGAAGAAAAGAAUAAAAGAAAAGCCAUGGAACGGGCAAGAGAAAUGGCUGAUCUGGAAUAUCACAAAGAAAUAGAAUUUGAAAGAAGAAAAAUGGUAGAAGAAGAAAGGGCAAGAUUUCUUAAAGACCAUGCCAAGGAAUUACUAGGUUACCUUCCCAAAGGCGUUUUUAAAAAUGAUGAAGAAUUAGAACGUCUAGGUGAAGAAUUUAGACAAUUUUACUCGAGAAAAAGUUGCAGUUACUGAAACUGUUACUUAAUCAAGUAGCUCAUGUGAUUUGAAAUUUCAUACUUUAACCAUAAUCAUUUGAAAAUUUUAUUUCAAUAGUGUGACAUUUUACAUAUCAUAAAUUUUUAAAUCAUAUUUUUCGUUUUUGUGCUGUUCGAUUCAUUCCCUUAAAUUGUUUUAAUUCUAACUUUAAUGUUCAUCUUAUAUAUAAAUUAAUAAUUACUCGAAAACUGAACAUUGGGUUAUUUUAUUAAACGUGUGAUAGA